AUGAACGGGUCCUUCAUCGAACUGAUUAAGGACAUUAAGCGGGAUGACAGUAUGCAGAACGUGCAGAGGAACUACGACCUGUGCGUUAGGAGCCUGAAAGAAAUGGAUAAAAGUAAAAGCUACAGGGAGAAGGAACCUAUAUUUAGUCUGCUCAAUUCCAGAACAAAGGAAAAGUCCAUCACUCUGCUCAAGUUGCUUUAUCUCCAAAUGUAUGGAAGGAAGAUAGACCCGGAACAUAACUUUGCAGUUAUUGAAAUGCUUACCUCGGAUAAGUAUGUGUUAAGGAGACGUGGCCAUCUGUUCCUGCACCAUUGCAUCGAUAGGGACGACGUGACUUUUCUAUCGAUUAAUCUGUUCAGGAAGGAGUUAUACAAGGAGAGCUUUCCCACUGCAUCGUCUAAUGGAAAGACGAACGUAAUUAACUCAUUAGCUAAUAUUGGUUCUGCCAUUAUGAGGGAGAAUAUCGGGUUGCUCCAAAAUUCUGUGAAGACCUACUCGAUAUUGCCUGGUAUACAGUCGAAUGAGUCUUCCUCCCGGGGUAACUUCCCCCAUGGUGGAGAGACCCCACGAGAACAGGAAAAAAAAAAACAAUUCGCACACACAAACUGUAUAACAAAGGAGACAAACAUAUACAACACGGCUCUCGUUCUUAACACACUCAGUAACGUAUGCACCCCAAUCAUGAGCAGCAACCUACACCACCAUGUCAUGCACCUUCUGAAUAGCUCCCAAGUCUACAUAAAAAAGAAAACAAUAAUUUGUCUCUACAAAAUUGUAAUAAGCAACUUAGAAACGUUGCCAGCUUUUUUUGAAACAAUUAAAAAAAGCUUUGUUUCUCUCUACAGUGAUGAGAGUGCAUCGUAUGAUCAGAUGGGCAAGGAAGGAAUGGAUGACGCUCACCGGAACAACACUGCGUUGUGUUGCCUCAUCGUAAAUAUUCUGGCGGAGCUGUUCUGUGCGUUAGAGAGGAAUGAACAGGUCUGUUCUCCUGGUCGUGACAACAGGGGAGAUGCCCCCCACGGAGGAACAACUACCUGCAGUCCAGACCAACCGGGAGGAGUUCCCAACGGAGGGGGAGUACCCACCACCUACCUGAGGAAGUUCCUCGCGUUCAUUCCCCUCAUUUACAGCAUCCUAAACGAACGACUCAACUUGAUAGACAACUGGAAGUUUAUAAAGAUCCUAAAAUUUUUAAAAAAGCUAGUUAGAUACGAAAAUAGAAUCUACAAAAAGUUUCUGCCUCUAAUUGUUCAUGUGUUUUUUACGAACAAAGCGAAAAGCGUCAUCUACGAAUGUCUGAGCUUUUUGCUCGUAAAUUACCAGAAGGGGUGCCUGGUCGAUUUGGAUCUUCAACGAUACGCCCCCUGGGGGGUUGAAGGCACUAUCGAUCAAAACGUUCAUGGGAUCAUACAACGAAGUGGUGACGGGUUCUGCGGCGAGCUGGAUGAUGGCCACGCAUCUUUGUCACCACCGAACUGCAUGGAUAAACUAUUGCACCUCUGCUUCACGCACCUCUCGAACAACUUCCACAACGAAGACAAAAACAUCGUCUACGUCACAACGAAGAUAUAUCUGUCCAUUUUUGCGAACCCAGAUGUGCAUACAAAAUUCGCGCAACAGAACAUGCAGGAAGAAUUAUCUACCAACGUGCUGCGAAGUCUCUACGAAGACGUAACCAUAAGGAAGACUCUCCUCCGUAUUUUAUACUACCUCAUGAAUGAAAAAAACUUCGAAGCCAUUUCGUAUAAUAUAUUAACCUACCUGUAUCACAAAUCGGAGGGAGACUUCGUAGGAGAGUAUGUAGAUACCAUUCUUUCGUAUGGACGGGAGAAGGCCCACUUGCUCCGAAAUCGUAACCUUUAUGUGUUUAUUCUAUUUUAUAUGCUUUGCAUUAAGAAUCACAAGAAGGAGUCCCAGGUUAUCGAGGAGAUCCUUCACGUGAACAACAGUCUAGAGGGAACCACCCGCAUCACCACCAACUUCCUCAGUGCCAUGUAUGUUGUGACUUACGGGGCGGCCCUCAUGCGGCGCCAACUGGGCGGUAACCAUAUUGGUAAUGACAAUGUGAAUAGUAGUGUGGGUAAUGAGGUCUCCCCAUUUAGCGCUCCACAGGGGGGUCACCAGAGACAAAUGCAACAGAACGAAACCCACCAAUCGGACCUGCUAAACCAAAUGAGCACUUUCCUAAAGGAGGUAAAAACGAUCGACGCGUUUACCAGAUAUGACCUACUAGAAUACAUCAUAGGGACACUAAACGUGCAUGUAAGUGAUGAUACGAACAACAGGGAAGAGAACCCCUACAAAGACGUAAACCAAGUAGAUGUAGCCACUUUUGAGUAUCUCAUUUAUUUCGUUUACGCAUAUUUGGAAGAAGCACAUGACCAUAUAAAGGAAUAUAAGAAUGAGCACUUCUUGAGCGUUUUUUUUUUCUCCCUUUAUCUUUUUUUUACGCAUUUCAGUGUCAGUAGUAUUCUCUGGCACGUUGGAAAAAUAUUUUUAUUUUUUUACCAAUAUGAUCAGAACAGAAGUUUGGUUCUUUUCUACGUGAGUAGGUUGUCUUCCCAUGUGGCCUACCUGCUUGGUAGACGGAACAGCGUAGAAACCAUCGACUGCUGCGUUACGUUGGGGAGUGUGUUCUUCCUUGUGCGUAACGCGAAGGAUGCAGAAGGACUUCCCUCUAAGGAGAAAUCCCCCCAUGGAGGAGACCAUACCAACGGGGGGACCAACUUCCUCUCCUACGUUACGAACUACCUCCAGCUCGAUCCCGCAGAGGAGCAGUUCAACUUGGAGCGCCCCUUCAAAUACAACGACGCGUUCUUUUUGCAAACCGGGGGUAGUCAAUCAGGGGAGCACAUUCCUCUCCCAGUUCAGAGAUCGAAUAUUAGUGAGAUGAAGCUUCCCUUAACUGAGGCAAACACAGUUGCAUCCACCGCUUCGGCCAGGACCCCUUCGGCAAGGACCCCUUCGGAGAUUACCGCCUCCGCCUUGACGGUGGACGAGGCAGCAAUUCCCCCCGCAUGCACCUCUGACCUCUGUGCCAAUGGAGAAGGCACCUCCUAUGCAGACCUCCAAUCCUUCUUACACAAACUGAAGGAGGAACAAACCAAGUGGAGACAAACAGACAAACGGACCUUUCACCAGAUCAGCGAGAGUGCCCACGUCAAGUUAUAUUUCCAGCUGAAUCAGGAAGAGCGUAUGCUCCGUUUGUAUAUCCAAUUGGUAGAUUCUCCCGUAACUGUUAAAAGUUUAUUUGUGCGAACAUCUCUCCAAGUGAAUAAAUGCCAGGUGGAAUACAACGGAGAGGAAGACGAACUUGUUCUUCUGGGGGAUGAAAAAAUAGCCCAGGGUACUACCAUCGGGGAUGACUCAAGAAGCAAGCAUCACGAUCAAGGUGGUCGAUCUAUCGAAAGGUGUUAUCCUGAAAGAACUGGAUUUGCCAACCUAACCGAACUAACCACCGUCGAAGAGGUCAGCAAAAGUUUUCUCAUUAGUGUGCACUUCGAAGUUCCAUCCGGCUCCGUCAAAUUGGCCUACUCCUAUUUAUGCAACUCGGUUCUUUAUGAAGAGUCAUCUGUUGAGAUUCCAUUCGUGCCCCUCGAACCGGCGACCCUAUCGAUAGACGAGCUUACCAACGUGAAGAAGAGAAGAGGCAUAAACAGAGUGAUAACGGAGGAGAUAAAAGUUGACGAGGAAAUCCACCCAAAUGAAUUCAUUUUUAGUUGUUGUGUUUUUCUGGCAGAGUACCUCCAUUUGUUUUUUUUCAACAUGGGGAAGGUUUUUUCUAAUUUGCAACAUGGCUACUCUGCGGAUACACUUCGCCUCAUUUUUUGUGCAGCUCAUACGACCAGCAGGGAGGCCCCGCUAGACAAAACGGUGUUCCUAAUCAACGUGCAUUACAAGAAAACGGGUCAGGCGGGAGAAGACCCCCCCACGUACAAGGUCGAAGCGAAGAUGAAAGUCCUGAACGACUCCGAGGAGGAGUGCGUGCGGAUGCUGGACUACAUCCAGUUCUACCUGACGAAGCUCCUCACGGGGAAGGUCAAAAUGAAAGCACCCCGUAUUUCCAUCACGCGAUGA